CAGCAACAGCUGGAACUGUCUGUGAGAUUCCUCAUUUUUUCCCCAUCAGGCCCUACAGUUUCUCCGGAAGAAUUCUGCUAAGUAUCACUUCAAGCGCACCAAGAUGUUGCCAGUGAGUGGCGGCUUCCAUACCUGCCUCAUGGAGCCGGCCGUGGAGCCCCUGGUGAAGAUUCUAGGCACAAUUAACAUCAAGAAGCCACUGGUUGCUGUCCACUCCAACGUCAAUGGGCAUAAAUACAUGCACCCCCAACACAUCCGGAAGCUGCUGGGGCAGCAGGUGAUAUCUCCGGUGAAAUGGGAACAGACAAUGCACUCUAUCUAUGAGCGGAAGAAGGGCACCGAGUUCCCCAGCACCUUUGAGGUAGGCCCAGGGCGGCAGCUGGGAAGCAUCCUCAAGAGCUGCAACAGGCAGGCAUGGAAGUACUACCACCACGUGGAUGUGAUGCAGACCAGUGUGGAUCCUGACCUCUGAGGGCCUUGUGUGGAAUGGCGCCAGGAUGAGGCCAUUCUGUACCUGCCCUCUUUCCUCAGACUUGAGGACAAUGGUCACUGCAGUGUCAGCUGUGGCUAAGGCUUCCCUCAGAGCACAGCCCUUGAGCGCCACAUUGUGUGACUCAACCCAUCCCUACACCUGACAAGCUGUCUGGCUGCUGGGGGAAGGAAUUCCCCCCAGACCACCUGCCCGACCAGCAUGCUGCUCUGCCUCUGAACCCAACCAUGCCCCUCAGUGAAUCCAGGAAGGGCUAGCCUGGGGCAGCCUUAGACUUGCCCUGUUGGUGCUCUGGACACUGCUUGGCUCCAAACCAGGCCUGGUGCCAGAGGGGUUUUUCAGUCACCUGUGCCAGCUGCUCUCCCAGGGCCGAGAUCAUAGCUCCUUUGGCCUUCAGUCUGGCCAGUGGCCUUGGCAGCCACUUUGCCCUCUCCUCACUCAAGAGCUGGGAGAUUGAGUACCAUAUACUGUCCAUAUCCAAGAAGCGCAUAUUAAGUGCCUGCUGUAUGCCCUAGAAUGGGUGGUCCCUCGCAGAGGAAACUUGGAGCAUGGUGUAAGGUGUAGGGUGUAUCUGGGCAAGGGCAGCCUGGGACCCUGGCUGCCUAGGCCAGCCCCAGUUCUUCCAUGGAGAGACCCCCACCAGCACCAAGUUGUUCAUGGGACAGUGGUCACUGAAGAAUCAGCUGUGUAUGGCUUCCCUCACAACACAGCCUGCUCCACAGCAGGAGUCGAGUGAAGCUCCUGGGGAGACGCCUGAUAAAUGUGAGCCUUUCUAA